GAGGAGCUCGCCAUAGCGCUGGGGCCCCGAGAGUAGAGACGGGAGAAGGGUGGCUUCUGUGCCACCCUCCUUACAGCCCAUUGCCCGGCUGCGGUGGCCAGGGAGGGGGAAAGGAGCGUCCAGGGACGGCUGACGUUACCGUGACGCGCCCCCUCGGUUGGCGGCGCGGCUUCCGGCGGUCCGCUUCACCACCCCCUUUUCCGCUUUCCCGCCCACGCGCCGCCCCACCCCGCCUUUCACCCACCCCUCCCCCUCCCCUAGCCCCACCCCUCCCCCCGAACACAGCAUAGCGCGGGGAACCGUCAAAGGUUGCCAGUGGAAAGGGCCUCCCGCGGGUUCCCCUUCCGUUCUGCCUGGCGACUUCCGCUCCAGGCCCAGCAACAUGGACGCUGCAGCCCACCGGCGGGGCUGCCGCUGAGCAGGCAGUGAAGCUCGCUCCCUUGAGCGGCGGCCGGCCCGCCUCUCCGCCCUCCCGCUCCGCACUCGCCUCCCUGCGGCCGGCCGGCCCGGCCCUACAUGGGGGCGGGCCUCCGCAACACGGGUUUGGCUUCCUGUUCAGAGGCGGCCUGGCGCUAGGCGGCGGCCACUCUGCCCGCGCCCGCCUCGGUGCGGUCACCGAGCCCGGGAGGAGGCUCCAGGGCCGCAUCUCGGGCGGUUGCGCCAAGCCGGGCUGUGUGCCGCCAUGGCCCCAGUGCAGCUGGAAAACCACCAGCUGAUCCCUCCGGGCGGCGGCGGCAGCGGCAGCGGCUCAGCGUCUGCCCCGGUUCCUCCGCCUCCAGGAGCCGCGGUGGCGGCGGCAGCUGCGGCCGCGGCUAGCCCUGGUUACCGGCUUAGCACGCUCAUCGAAUUUCUCCUACACCGGGCCUACUCGGAGCUCUUGGUGUUGACGGACUUAUUGCCAAGGAAAUCUGAUGUGGAAAGGAAAAUAGAAAUUGUACAGUUUGCUAGCCGGACACGUCAACUCUUCGUUCGAUUAUUAGCUUUAGUAAAAUGGGCUAACGAUGCUGGCAAAGUAGAAAAGUGUGCGAUGAUCUCAAGCUUUUUAGAUCAACAAGCUAUCUUGUUUGUGGACACUGCUGAUCGCUUGGCCUCCUUAGCUAGAGAUGCAUUGGUCCAUGCACGCCUGCCUAGUUUUGCUAUCCCAUAUGCCAUUGAUGUCCUGACUACUGGCUCUUAUCCACGGCUUCCAACCUGCAUCAGGGAUAAAAUUAUUCCUCCAGACCCAAUUACCAAAAUUGAGAAACAAGCCACACUUCAUCAGCUUAAUCAAAUUCUUAGACAUAGGCUUGUAACAACAGAUCUUCCUCCACAGCUAGCAAAUCUUACAGUGGCAAAUGGCCGUGUGAAGUUUCGAGUUGAAGGAGAAUUUGAAGCAACUUUGACAGUAAUGGGUGAUGAUCCAGAAGUUCCAUGGCGCCUUCUCAAACUGGAAAUUCUAGUUGAGGAUAAGGAAACAGGAGAUGGCCGAGCUUUGGUUCAUAGCAUGCAAAUCGACUUUAUCCAUCAGUUGGUGCAGUCUCGGCUCUUUGCUGAUGAGAAACCUCUUCAAGACAUGUACAACUGCCUACAUUGUUUCUGCUUAUCACUUCAAUUAGAAGUGUUACAUUCCCAGACUCUGAUGUUAAUUCGAGAGAGGUGGGGUGACCUUGUCCAGGUGGAAAGGUAUCAUGCUGGAAAGUGCCUCUCCCUCUCAGUUUGGAAUCAGCAGGUUCUAGGGAGAAAAACAGGCACAGCAUCUGUUCACAAAGUCACAAUUAAAAUCGAUGAGAGUGAUGUCUCCAAGCCUUUACAGAUCUUUCACGAUCCUCCUUUGCCAGCCUCGGAUUCUAAAUUAGUAGAAAGAGCUAUGAAGAUUGACCACUUAUCAAUAGAAAAGCUCCUGAUUGACAGUGUUCAUGCAAGAGCCCAUCAGAAGCUGCAGGAACUGAAGGCCAUUCUUAGAAGCUUCAAUGCUAAUGAAAACUCUUCCAUAGAGACUGCACUUCCAGCUCUUAUUGUUCCCAUCUUGGAGCCCUGUGGUAAUUCGGAGUGCCUACACAUUUUUGUAGAUUUGCAUUCUGGAAUGUUCCAAUUGAUGCUUUAUGGACUUGACCAGGCCACUCUGGAGGACAUGGAAAAAUCUGUGAAUGAUGACAUGAAGCGAAUCAUCCCUUGGAUUCAGCAACUUAAGUUUUGGCUUGGACAACAGCGCUGCAAACAAUCUAUAAAACAUCUGCCUACAAUAACCACAGAAACGUUGCAGCUUUCCAACUAUUCAACGCAUCCCAUUGGAAACCUUUCCAAGAAUAAACUCUUUAUUAAACUUACCCGUCUUCCACAGUACUACAUUGUUGUGGAAAUGCUUGAGGUUCCCAAUAAGCCCACACAACUAUCGUACAAGUAUUACUUCAUGUCUGUGAGUACUGCAGAUCGUGAAGACAGCCCUGUCAUGGCACUGCUUCUGCAGCAGUUCAAGGACAACAUCCAGGACUUGAUUUCCUAUACAAAGACUGGGAAACAGGCCAGAACUGGUACCAAGCACAAGUUGUCUGAUGACCCAUGUCCAGUAGAAUGCAAGAAAGCCAAACGAUCAGGAGAAAUGUGUGCCUUCAAUAAAGUUCUAGCUCAUUUUGUUGCUAUGUGUGACACCAACAUGCCAUUUGUAGGACUUCGACUGGAGUUGUCCAACCUGGAGAUCCCACACCAGGGAGUGCAAGUGGAAGGCGAUGGCUUCAGCCAUGCAAUUCGCUUAUUAAAAAUUCCUCCCUGUAAGGGAGUAAAUGAGCAAACUCAAAAGGCCCUGGACCGCUCUCUUCUUGAUUGCACUUUCCGAUUACAAGGUAGAAAUAACCGCACAUGGGUGGCAGAGUUAGUAUUUGCAAAUUGUCCGCUUAAUGGCACUUCCACCAGGGAGCAAGGACCAUCCCGGCAUGUUUAUCUGACAUAUGAAAAUCUGUUAUCUGAACCUGUUGGUGGUAGAAAAGUAGUUGAAAUGUUUCUUAAUGACUGGAGUAGCAUUGCCAGAUUAUAUGAAUGUGUGUUGGAAUUUGCUCGUUCUUUACCAGACAUACCUGCUCAUCUGAAUAUUUUCUCAGAAGUUCGUGUUUAUAAUUAUCGGAAACUUAUCUUGUGUUAUGGAACCACCAAAGGAAGCUCAAUUAGUAUCCAGUGGAAUUCCAUUCAUCAGAAAUUUCAUAUUUCGUUGGGAACAGUUGGCCCAAACUCAGGUUGCAGUAACUGCCACAAUACCAUUCUCCAUCAACUUCAGGAAAUGUUCAACAAAACACCAAAUGUGGUUCAGUUAUUACAGGUGUUAUUUGAUACUCAAGCACCAUUAAAUGCCAUCAACAAACUCCCUACUGUGCCAAUGUUGGGCUUGACUCAGAGAACUAACACUGCCUACCAGUGUUUCUCCAUUCUACCACAAUCGUCCACCCACAUCAGACUGGCCUUCAGGAACAUGUACUGCAUUGACAUAUACUGCCGUAGUCGAGGUGUUGUGGCAAUACGGGAUGGGGCCUAUAGUCUUUUUGAUAACAGCAAGUUAGUUGAAGGCUUUUAUCCUGCACCAGGAUUAAAGACGUUCCUGAACAUGUUUGUUGACAGCAAUCAGGAUGCUCGGAGAAGAUCUGUAAAUGAGGAUGAUAACCCCCCUUCUCCUAUAGGAGGUGAUAUGAUGGACUCUUUAAUAUCACAGCUCCAGCCACCUCAGCAACAGCCAUUUCCAAAGCAGCCAGGAACUUCAGGCGCUUACCCUCUUACUUCACCCCCUGCAUCCUAUCACAACACAGUUAAUCAGUCCCCAUCUAUGAUCCACACACAGUCUCCAGGAAAUCUGCAUGCUGCCAGCUCCCCCAGUGGGGCUUUGAGAGCCCCAUCACCAGCGUCAUUUGUUCCAACUCCUCCCCCAUCCUCGCAUGGAAUCUCAAUAGGACCAGGGGCCAGUUUUGCUAGUCCACAUGGAACCCUUGACCCUAGUUCUCCAUACACUAUGGUGUCACCAAGUGGACGAGCAGGAAACUGGCCUGGGUCUCCUCAAGUGUCUGGACCCUCACCAGCAACCCGUUUGCCUGGAAUGUCACCAGCCAACCCAUCUCUACAUUCUCCUGUCCCAGAUGCUUCUCAUUCCCCUCGAGCUGGCACCAGUUCCCAGACAAUGCCAACCAACAUGCCUCCACCUCGCAAACUACCUCAGCGCUCCUGGGCAGCAUCCAUACCUACCAUCCUCACUCAUAGUGCCUUGAACAUCUUAUUGCUCCCCUCUCCAACACCAGGCCUUGUGCCUGGCCUGGCAGGCAGUUACCUUUGUUCCCCGCUUGAGAGAUUCCUUGGGUCUGUCAUCAUGAGACGACACCUUCAAAGAAUUAUUCAACAGGAAACGUUGCAGCUGAUCAAUUCCAACGAACCUGGUGUAAUCAUGUUCAAGACAGAUGCCCUGAAAUGCAGAGUAGCCCUUAGUCCCAAAACCAACCAGACCCUUCAGCUAAAAGUGACACCUGAAAAUGCAGGACAGUGGAAACCUGAUGAGCUUCAAGUUUUGGAGAAAUUCUUUGAGACAAGAGUUGCAGGACCACCAUUUAAAGCCAACACGCUUAUAGCCUUCACCAAGCUGUUGGGAGCACCAACACACAUCCUCCGUGACUGUGUGCAUAUUAUGAAGUUGGAGCUGUUCCCAGACCAAGCAACACAGCUAAAAUGGAAUGUUCAAUUUUGCCUCACCAUCCCUCCCAGCGCACCACCAAUUGCACCUCCUGGGACACCAGCUGUGGUGCUGAAAUCCAAAAUGCUAUUUUUUCUUCAACUAACUCAGAAAACAUCAGUCCCUCCCCAAGAACCUGUUAGUAUAAUAGUUCCAAUCAUUUAUGACAUGGCUUCAGGUACCACCCAGCAGGCAGACAUUCCCAGACAGCAGAACUCUUCUGUUGCUGCGCCCAUGAUGGUCAGCAACAUUCUGAAGAGGUUUGCAGAGAUGAACCCACCACGACAAGGUGAAUGCACAAUAUUUGCAGCUGUUCGUGAUUUAAUGGCUAAUCUUACACUGCCCCCUGGUGGGCGUCCAUAGACACUAUUGUUUUUAAACCAGGAAGGCUGACAAAUGAAAAAACAACACACACACAAAAAGGCUGAAUUCAGCCAUCAGUUUUAAAAAGGAAAAAGACUUUUUUUUUUUUUUUUUUAACCUUAAGAGCUAAAUAUUCUAAACUGGCAAAACUUUUCAGGGUGCACUUCUUUCAUCAAAAAGACCAUCAAUCUUUUGUAUAGUGAACUUGUAUAGUGUGUUUUAAUGCGACACAUUUCAAACUAGGUAACAGAUCAGUGUCCGCUUGCCAGUAAUAGAUUUAAUAUUCUGUUUUAUACUAUAAAGUAAUGAAAAUGCCAAACUUGUUUAUUUAAUUGUUUUCUUAUGUUUUGGAUGUAAUGGUCUUUUUUGAUUUUUUUUUUUUUUUAAAGGCAGGUCUGUCAUUUUUGAAUACUGUAAAACUGUGACAAACUUUAUAUUGAAGCUGUAUUUUACUAUGACCGCUCUGAAUCCUUACACAGAAAUGUUUUGGGAGCUGUUAAACACAUCCCAAAGAAGCAAUAUUUAAUAAAACUAGGAUAUAAAAGUGACACUCAUCUGUGUGUGUAUAAGCUCUCUAGAGUUAUUAGAGCCUCCCUUCAUCUUCACCCUGGUGGGGCCAGUCAGUUUUUAAUUACGUAUGUCUGAAAUUUGACCAAAAACAUUUUUGUUUUAAGGUUAAUGUAGUUUCUUCAGACAUUCCUAACAUGACUGGUGAUAGCAUUUAGCACCUCGGUUGUUUUUUCAGUAUAGGAUUUGUGUAAAAUAAAAGAACUCUGUCUUUGAAAAGAGACAGUAAGUGAUUUAUAGUGAUCGAGGAUCCCAAAUAAUGCAAUUAUUCUCAUGUGUGAGGAAAUGGGAACCUUUUUGCUAGGAAAAUGUCAUUUAAAGGAUACUUCUGCACACAGCAUUAACUAGGAAGCAAAGAACUUGAAUGCUCUAGUUUGCAUGAAGUUUUGGUGACAUUUCUUUAUCUUAUUUAACUUCUUAUUUUCCCCAGCACAAUUGGGGUUGUUCUAAACAAUCUCAAUUUAAUUCAUUGUCAGUAAAACAAUAGGAUGUUUUGCUGGACACAACCAGGUCCAGUCAUUUGAAAAGUCCACAGUGCAGGGCCUAUGUAGGGUCCAGUGGAGUUUCUGGCACUGGCACCUCUCAAUAGGAUUUCUUUCUAGAGUACUGGACUGUCUCUUGCAGCCAGUCAGAGUCUUUUUAAGCUUCGAUGAAUAUGAUCUAAUUCAAAUGUCUUCUGAUGACUUGAUGUGAUUUGGAGCAGUUUUUGUUGUUGUUUUAUGUUUUUUUUAAAUGAUAAUAUCAUGCUGAGUUAUUUAGUCAAUGUAAUAUGGUCCUCGAUGAAAUUUUAGAUGUUUGUCUGAUUCCAUUUUAAGAUGAUUAUUUGAGCUUCUAUAACUAUAACCACCAGAUCCUAGUUUUAAGCAUCUCACUGCAACUGUAUCAUAUGUUCUCAACUUUGCUUGAAUCUCCAUUUCCAGUCAGAGUUGAGGGCUUCUGUCUUCUGUCUCAUUUCUGCCUUCGUCUCCUGCUUCUCACCCAACUCUGCCGCUAUUCCAGAGUAGGUGACUAAACUUCUGUUCUUCUUUAACCUAACCCUUUUCUCCUUCUGUUUCCAGUUCUCUUCACAGUGGUAAUCACAUGGGUUUGGCAAUCUAUGAUGUCUUGAUCAGGAGUCAGCCCUUUUCUAUUAGGAGCUGAAUCCUAUCUUUCAUGUAGAAAUCUACAUGUAUAUACAAGAAAUGUAUUUUUAUCUGCAGGAUGAUAUUGUUUCAAAUAAUUUUAUUAAUAGAAUUAACUUUUCAGGUAUUUUCUCUUUUAAGUGUGGUUUUGAAAUGUUAAUAAUUGCAUUUUUAUACAUGAUGCAUUCAAUGGCUACUUUUUCCUAAUUAUAACUCACCUUUGAAUGCAUUGUGUAAAUCAAGUAAGAGAGGAUUCAAUGAACAGAAUUUGAUUUUGAUGCUUAUUAAGAGUAAACCAAUGAAUUUGAAUUUUGAUAUCAUGCUUGGUACUUGGAAUUGGUAUAUACUUUAUUAAAGCUUGGAAAUACUUAGCAUUUGAAUCGUAACUUUCAUCACAAACCAUGUCUUUUGCCUCUUUUGUUAACCAGGUUCAAUCAAAGAAACUGGAUGCCAUAGUGAUUUUUCUCUAGUAGGUGGUUUGGAACUUGAUUUUAAGGUGUUUUCAAUGUGAUUUUAGUAUUUACAGUAAUAAAUAAAAUUUAUACAAGUUUCAGAGAACUACCAACUCUCUAGUUAAUUUUGGUGAAGACGUUUGGGUUGUAGUCUUGGUUUAGUAUUAGUUUAACCCUGAAAAAAGACAUUGGUCCUGAGUCACCUUUUCCAUUUUAUAUCUGCAGAGAUGUCAUUUCGAAAUGUAUAGAAGGACUAUCAGGGUUAGGAGGAAAGUGAGAACUUCAUCCGUGUAUGGCCAGUUAUUUAUAGCAGGAACUGAACCUUGUUUGAAGAUUAGCUGAGUUAAGGGGAGGAAUAAAAUUUUACUUGCCAUGUUUCUUUUUUUUCCUCCAA